AUUAAUAAAGGUGAAAAUACUUUAUCUUUUUUAUGAGUAACUCUGGAAAGAGAUAAAAAAAUAAAACCUAUUAUAAACUAAAGUAGGUACUAGGUAGGUGUAUAUACCUACACCAUGGAUUUAGUACGUACUUCAUACAAAUUACCUACUAAUUCCAUGACCUACACCUUACUUAUGUUUUUUUCACUAUCGAACUUUACAAAUUUAAUAUACUUUAACUUAUCAAGUAUGCUUUAUCUUUUUAUGAAUAACAGGCACAUAACAGGAUUGGUCCAUGGUAAAUUCAUUUAUACAAAUAAAAUUUUAUAUAUCCAUACAAUUUCCUAACUCAUCUCGAAACCAAAGAUAUGACGAAGUCUAUUGUUUUCUUUGUUUAGUAGGUAGGCCGCAGCAAAAUCGCGGCUUUGAUGCGGUUUUACAUAUUUAUUUUAUGUCAUUUAUUGUACUAACUACUAACCCUAACUGAUACUAACCCUACAGUAUUCAUAAAAAAGUUAAAGCAUACUUUAAGGUAAAGUAAGUUUUGUUUCAUUCUGUCAAUUUUGAUAAUUAGGUAUUAAUUAUGAAGCGCAAAUAUACUUCAGAUCAUAAACCUUUUUGUUGAUCUAUGUGAAUAAUGAUUCACAUAGAUCAACAAAAAUAAAAAAUAUCCGGUUAUUCAUAAAAAAGUUCAAUUUGUACUUUAAAAUUCGAGAAUUCAAGUAAACAAAUGGCCCAGAAAAUUCCCGAAAACCGCAAUGAAAUGUUCUUAUAUCUGUGCUGAAAACAAAUUUCUCAAGGGCUCUCGCAUGAGCAGCAUGGCUUUCUUUCUUCACGCACUUGGUUUAGUUCAAAGUUAAAAAUACUUUUGACAUUGACAGUGUUGAAAUACCUUUUAAUGACAGCUAACAUGAUAUUGACAUAAGUAUCGAAGAAUUAGGUAGGUAAGGUACCUAAUUUAUUUUUUCUGAUUCUGCUUUCUGUGGUGUUUCAGUGUGGGAACUGAGAAGAGAGUGCUAUAAUAAUUACACAAUGGCACUUAGAACUACAGGUGUAGCCUUCAACAGUUUGAAGAAAUGGGCUUAUAACCUUUCUGGAUUUAACAAAUACGGUCUCCUUCGUGAUGACUUGCUCUAUGAAACUGAAGAUGUCAAAGAAGCCCUUCGUCGCAUCCCUGACUCCAUUGUAGAUGAGCGCAAUUUCAGGUUGGUGAGAGCCAUGCAACUUUCAUUACAAAAGAACAUCUUACCCAAAGAAGAGUGGACCAAAUAUGAAGAAGACAAGCUCUACCUGACCCCUGUUGUCGAGAAGGUUAAGAAAGAGAGAGAAGAACGGGAGAAAUGGGAGAAGGAAUACUGAAAUUAGUAUCAGAAGUUAUUUAAAGUUUAUGUAUUAAUUUAAUAAAUCUAGCAAGUAUAUACUA